ACAAAGAAGGGAGGUAAUGCUCACCAGCAAAGAGAGUCGACCCAUUCACAUUCAUUGUUUUUGUUUGGCCUUGCAAAUUGAGCGAUAGGCCUAGGCUAGGGGCCUGUUGAGCUUACAACUUGCAUCUAGGGACUGCGAUAUCAGAAGGCCUGAUUGAAAUGAAAGGGGAUGAAAAAUGAGUGAAACUACUGUCACUGAGAUAUCUGGGGCUUUGGACUUGAAAAGUGCCCUUUUGCCUCCUUCAACAAAGGAUGUUUUGGGAGAACACUUACACCAAAAAGUGGCCGAGGUUUUAAAGAUUCAUUUCCCAAACUCCAAGGAGAAUUACAACAAUGUCCCAACUGUGGCCAAAGUGACAGGCAUGCUUCUGGAGAGGGACACGAGCACAGUGAAACAUUUGCUAGAAGACAGUCCCUCAUUGAUCGCUGGCGUUGACCAGAGCCUCCGCUGCCUAGACAACGACACCAGCACUCAUCAUGUUGACUUUGCUCUGAACAAUUCUCACCUGGACUAUGGCGACAUCGGAGACCUUCUAUACGAGAGAGUUCUGCAGAUAGACAGCAGCCUAGCUCCGCAAAUUACAGGGAUGCUACUGGAGCUGGAUGUCAGAACUCUUAUCACGCUCCUUGAGGACAACGGCAAACUGUUUGCUUCAGCAGUUCACAAAGCCAGAGCAGCACUUGGGUCUUCUUCAUCAUCACCACCGCCACCAGUAGAAGAGAUCAUGACCUUGAAGUCCUCGGGAUUUUCCUUUUCUGAUCAGGAAGAGAUGAAAAAAAAUUGUGACUUAGGUAGCAAACUCUCUGUGGAAGAGAUUGGAUCUCUGGUGUAUCAACAAGCAGCGGCUCUCUAUCCGGAGUGUGCCUCCGAGAUAACAGGGAUGAUCUUGGAAAUGGGCCCUGUUGCCCUUCAACGCUUGGUAGCAGAGGAAAGGCAAAUAAAGUGUGCUGUAGAAAAGGCUUUUACUGCUUGGAGAGACAACUCCUGACAGCUUGUCAAAGUUGAUUCUAUUACAAAAUGUGAGCUUGAUACAUGACUUGUAUCACAUAGGAAGCCAUAGAAAGUCUCCUGACUGACUGAUCAAAUUUAAUACCCUUUUACUGCAAAUUUUGUGGAAUCGAUACUCUCUGUGUUAUGUCAAUGUUGGAUAUUUUGUCGGAAGACAUUUCAUGGGGAGUUCUAAUGAGUAUACCUGUGUUUCCAAAUGGGUGUAUCCUGCUUAAACCACUUUACACCUGAGAGUCAGGUUCGAGGCUACCCAUCUCCAAAAUGAUAAAGAAAAGUCAGGUGA